UUAACCAAUUGUUUAUGUUACAGAGCUCAUUAAACAUGCAGCCGGCAAUUAUUAUCUAACACAACUAUUAAUUAGCCUUUUAAAAGCUAGCGCAGCCAUAGCUCUUGCACAAGUCUUGUCCCGUGCGUCACUUGUUGAUACUAACUGACUCGAUAACGUUCUCACCCCGUUAUCACAUCCCGGACCGUCUAGCGCGAAUGGCGGGACUCAACCACCUAUGGUCAGUAGCUAAUGAACAGUCAUAGCAAUACGACCUUUCAUAAUUGCCUUGUCGGAAAUACUGAAAGUUGAGUGCCCGCGAUAUUUGGUCUAAAGUGAUUGUUCAGCGUUUAAUAGCUUGAUUGUGUGGCGCGAUACUAGCCUACUUACGAAAGUACUAACUGUGAUACCUAAGUGUUGUUAGAAAUCAAAAUGUAUAACAGAACCAGUGCUACUCUGAUGCUUCAGACCAUAAUGGUCCUUAUGGAUAAGCAGAAUUCUUCCAUGGACGUCACGCGAUUCCCGACGAAUUUUAAUGAGGACGUGGAGCUGGAGCGGUGCUACGGCAUGUACGGGUGCUUCUCCAAGGCGUACCCCUGGACGGAGAACCGGCCCGACAACUACUUCCCCGAGCCGCCUGAGGUUAUGCACAUCAAAUUUCCAGCUUUUACUCGGCGAAAUAGAAAAAUCCCAGUGAUAUUAGAGGCUGACAAGAAGGAGAAAAUAGAAAACGCUAAUCUGGACCCCCGCGGACCGUUCUAUUUGAUAUCCCACGGGUUCUUGGAAGGUGGUGACAAACAAUGGAUCCAAAACAUGGCAGACGCUCUACUAAGCCUAGAAGGCAACGAGGCGGCGACGGUAUUUGUGGUGGACUGGCGCGGCGGGUCGCAGCCGCCGUACGGACAGGCCGUCGCGAAUAUACGCCUCGUGGGCGACAUGGCCGCGCACCUCGUGCAUCAUGUUUAUACGGUGCUGGGGCUCUCAGACCUGGACAACUUCCACUUCAUCGGACACUCCCUCGGCGCCCACCUCGCCGGCUACUGCGGACAUGCGCUGCAAAAGAAAUUCAACCUGAAGCUGGGCAGAAUCACCGGGUUAGAUCCGGCCGCUCCCUACUUCACUAAGACCGUGACUCUGGUGCGGCUGGACCGGUCUGACGCCAAGUACGUCGACAUCAUACACAGCAACGCCAUGCCUCUGUAUUUUGGCGGUCUCGGUAUAUCAGAGCCAAUAGGCCACGUAGACUUCUUCCCAAACGGCGGCUCAACCCAGCCAGGUUGCAAAUCGUCCAACAACCCAGUGGCGGCCAUAGCUGAUGACAUGUACCAGAGGAUAGUGAAGCAUUUGGGAUGCAACCACGAGCGAAGUUACGAGUACUUUACUGAGAGUAUUGCACCGUCGUGUCCGUUUAUGGCUGUCCAGUGUGAGUCUUAUGAGGCAUUCCUAGCGAGUAAUUGCUCGAGCUGCGACUCAAAACACUUCUGCAUCCCGAUGGGAUACCACUCGUAUAGGUUCUACAAACGACUGCAAAUGGGUGGUUUAGUCGACACCAACUCAAACAUAGCGCUGUAUUCCAUGACGGGCGGAUCCAAGCCUUAUUGCCGAGUCCAAUACGCGAUCACCCUCAAAAUCUCCAACUCGUCGGCGAGCGUGGCGCACGGGCCGGACGUGGGCCGCAUCUCCGUCAUACUCAUCGACCGCAACACCAACAGGACCGAGCACAAACUGCUGGACGACGAAGAUAAAUACUACAAGCCCGGCGACGUGGAAACCCGUAUGGUGGCGGUCCAAGGCACCGGGUUCCCGCCCAUCUCCGCCAUCGUCGAGUGGAAGUACGAGACCAACCUAUUCAACCCCGUCACGUGGCGGCUGCUCAAGUCUUCCAGUAUCUUCAUUGAGUACCUGAAGAUUGCUAGCUUGGAGUAUAAUACUGAAAUUACCGUCUGCCCGAAGCUACACAAACCAGUGGUUGCGAAUUUAAAGACAAUGAUGAUGCCAAAAUAUUGUAAAAUUAGGAAAUAGCACAUACCAAGUCGUAAAGAUUUGAGUGAAUAUUUUAAAUGAUUAUGUUUGAUUUAUCAUGUAAUGUUGUUUGCUAAGCAAAUGUUUAAGUAAUUUAAUUAUAGUAAGAUUACUUAAUUAGGUUAAGAAAUAGUGUAAGUGUAGAUCUAACUUUAAGUUCAGACAAAGCACCAAGUCAAUGCAAGUCUUAAAAAAGUAUUCUAGGUUUAUUUAUAUGAAUUUCUUUUUAACAUUUUUAAAUUUAUGAAUACUAUUAUGUAUUUAGAAUAAGAAAAUCAUUGUUGUUUAAUAAAGUAUUUUUUAUGUA